CUUCUUCCUGUAUGUGACAAUCAAGUGUGAUGACGUUAUGAAACGCACCUGAAGGCUGUACUGCCAAAUAGGGACAUCCCUUCUCUGUGUUUUUCAGUUUAGUUUUUUAAGGAUUUUAUUUAGUUCAUUCAAAUCGGCUGGUAGCGUCAAGUGUUUGGAGACAAAUUACUUAUUGUGAGUUGGACGCCUUUACGCGAGUUGCUGGGACUUGUCAGACGUUUUACAGGUAGGAUAGGAAAUAACUACCACAUUUUGAACACAAUUUCUCAAGCAGAUGUUGGGGAUCGACAAAUUGUUAUCUCGAGGCGAACCGGAGAUGGAGGAAUUAACGAUAUUCGAGCAGCAUACUAUAACACUCGGCAAAGAUUCCAAGAUGGGGUUUGGCUUUGCGAUAUCAGGAGGCAGAGACCAGCCGAACCCGGACUCAGGGGACACAGCCGUGAUAGUUUCAGAUGUGGUACGGAACGGACCCGCUAUGGGACGGCUGUUCGUCAGAGAUCAGAUCGUCAUGGUCAAUGGCGUGUCAAUGGAGAAUGUCUACUCUACCUUCACCAUCCAGAACCUCAAGUCAUGUGGCAAAACAGCCAACAUAACAGUGAAGCGUCCUCGUAAGAUCCAGCUCCCCGCCAGCACCAGACCCUCGCGUGCUGCCUCCUACUCCAACCUGCUGGACCAGGACCCCCCACAGAGGCCCCGACGCUACUCCGAUGGUAGUGACCAGGCCCACAAAGCUGACCGCUCCGCCCUCGACCGCAACGGAACCGCUCAUGCCCUGCCGCUAAGUUCAGGGUACAAACGGCUCCCACAGCAGGCCUUCCCAGACAAGCCAAUCAAAGCCACCCUGCUGAAGAAGAAACUCACAGAUGAGUAUGGACUGAAGUUGGGAAGCCAGAUCUUCAUCAAACACAUGACUGAGACGGGUCUGGCUGCCAAGGAGGGCACUCUGCAGGAGGGAGACCUCAUUCUCAAGAUCAAUGGGAUGACCACAGAGAACCUGUCCCUUCUGGAGACCAAGCACCUGGUGGAGAAGUCCCGGGGAAAGCUGACCAUGAUGGUCCUGCGAGACGACCGCAAGUUCCUGGUCAGCAUCCCAGAAGUGCAGGACAGUGCCCCCAACAGCGAGGAAGACCACCGCGGCAACAGCAGCUCUGAACUGGAGGACAUUUCAGACCUGGAUACAGACAUCCCCACUCCCAGAGACAGAGUGUCACGCUCUGCAACUAGAGAACGACGAACACGCAGAAGAGCUGAGCCUCCUCUAGUAGUUAAGUCACGUGAUCCGUCCCCGAUGCGGUCGACACUGUCCCGGCCUGUUGCUAAAGCCUACCCCUCUCACCGAGCCCUCUCAGAGUCUGAGUCUGACCGUAGUGCAUCACCCACUCCUGUCAGGAAGGACAGCCCAGACCACGCCAACAAAUACAGAACUCUUUCAGGGCUGUCCACCCUCCCCAACCCCAAAGCCUCACCUGCCGUCUUUGACUGGGUCGCCCCACGUUCCUCCCGUCCCUCCUCCUCCACCUUGAGACCUCGCAAAGUGGUGUCAGAGUCGGACUCGGACCGCAGUGCCUCCCCACCCCCCAGAAGAGGAGAGAGUUCCCGAGUCACAGAGGACCACUCCAGAUACAGAGUGCUCCCUAACCUGCCCCACCCUAGGACACUGAGAGCCUCCCCCAUCACCAUUCGUCAGGAUCCUCCUCGACGGGUCUCCUCUCCUGUCAAAGCCCCACUCCCAGACUCUGAAUCUGAGUCAGACAGCAGCUCCGGGCCCGCCCACAGCCAGGACUCCCGGAGCAGAUACAGAGCCACUCCCUUGGUAGCCAUGUUUCCCCAGGUGGAGCCCCCCAAGUGGAAAGCCCCCAGUGUCACAAGGAGCAAUCCUGCUAAAGGGCACUCAGGAUCAGAGUCGGAGGCAAGUUACGCAUCCGUCCCUCGAUGGGAGUCUAUAGACAGUGGAGGCUCCAUCUCCAGGGUUUCCAAGAACAGAUACAGAGCUCUGCCUGAGAUGAAGUCUUCUCCAGCUCCAGUAGUGAGACAGGACCCCCCUCGACGAGGCAUGACCCCCUCCAGUCCAGUCUCAGGUUCCUCUGAUUCGGACCGUACACCCUCACCCCCUAGGAGGUCUGGGAGUACAGAUGUGGAGAGCAACCACAGUAUUCCACACAGAGUCAAUGGCGAUGUCCGCACUGGGAUAUCAAUGAAGAGCAACCCUCCAGUCUACUCCAAGACAGAGGAACCCCUCUACUCCCUGCCCCCAGACUCCAUUACUACACCUAGCUUGGGCUCAGAUCUGAACACAGUGUCGUUUGUGAAGGAGGGGAGCGUUGGUCUGAGACUGGUGGGAGGCAACGAUGUGGGCAUCUUUGUGGAUGGGGUUCAGCCCAACAGCCCCGCUCAGGAGCAGGGUAUGAAGGAGGGGGACCAGAUCAUGCAGGUGAAUGGGGUGGACUUUGGUUAUUUCAACCGUGAGGAAGCUGCAAUGUUCCUGAUCAACAUCAAGAGAGGGGAGCCGGUCAACAUCCGUACUCAGAACAAGAUGGACAUUUACAAGAAGAUCCUGAAGUCCAACCUGGGGGACUCGUUCUACGUCCGGACCCACUAUGACAAUGAGGUGGAGGGCAACAUUGGCCUAGCCUUCACCAGGGGAGAGGUGUUCAGGGUGGUGGACACCAUGCACAGGGGCAAGCUGGGAAAGUGGCUGGCUAUACGUAUGGGCAACGACCUGCAUGAGCUGGACAAGGGCACCAUCCCCAACCAGGUCAGGGCCGAGACUCUGGCCAGAAUGGAGCAGGCUCAGAGGGCCAGUGGAGAAGGGGAUCGCCAGGUAUCAGGGCCCAGGGUAGAGUUCUGGAAACUACGGGGGCUCAGAGGGGCCAAGAAGAACGUCCGCAGGACUCAUGAUGACCUGCUCCAGCUUACCAUCCAGGGCAAAUUCCCAGCAUACGAGAGAGUUCUGCUCAGAAAAGCUAAUUUCAAACGGCCAAUCGUCAUCAUGGGUCCUCUGAACGAUGUGGCCAUGGAGAAGCUGGCCAGAGAGAUGCCUGAUGAAUAUGAGGUGGCAGAGAUGGCUCCUCGUAGUAGUGGCGCAGACACUACUUCCACGGUCAUCAAGCUGGACACAGUACGAAGGAUUGCAGAGAAGAACAAGCACCCUCUGCUGGACAUUACUCCUACUGCCGUGGAGCGUCUGAACUACAUCCAGUACCACCCCAUGGUUCUGUUCCUGGACCCACACAGCAGGAAGGACGUCAAGGUCAUGAGGCAGAAGAUGUGCCCCAACUCCAACAAGAGCUCCAGACGCCUCUACACACAGGCCCUCAAGAUGAGGAAGCACUGCAGCCAUCUGUUCACAGCUCGUAUUGAUCUCCAGCCCAGCUCUAAUGUGUGGUAUGAGACUCUGAAAGACAAGAUCAGACACCAGCAGGCCAAACCUGUCUGGGACUCAGAAGUCACGUUGGAGGGAGGCGGAGAGGAGGAGCUGGAUGCAUUGGACCGGACCCACUCGGACUACCUGAGUGCUGCCAGCGAACUGGAGGACACAGACGGAGAGGCCUACACUGAUAAUGAGGACCUAGAGGAACCAUUUGAUCCCAGCAAUCAGCCCUGGAUGUCCAGGCUCACCGCUCUGGCCCGGUCUUCAGAGCCUGCCUCUGAGUACCCCUCCCCUGAGUCCCUGAGAGAGGUUCCACCCCUGAUGCAUGUGUCUGAGCCCAGAUCGACCCGUCGUCCAUCUGACAGCCCUCCCCACGUUGACGUUGCUGAUGAAAUCCGACCCUAUCAUAGCUUCUCAGAUUCGGACUUCAGGGCCAUUGACCAGGCUGUUCCGACCACCCCCUCGGACACACCCCCUGACUUCAUAGCCCCUGACCCCAGAGUCUCUGUCUCUGUGCCUGAGCCCCCAUUGGCUGAACUGCUGCCAGAGAGCCCCCCAGCUGUCACACUGUCAGUCAUAGAGAAGAAACUUCAACAGACCCGUAUGGCAGAAUCUCAGGAGAGGAAAGCAUCUCCAUUGUUCAUUGUGUUGGCUCACCACCAGGCUGUCCAAACGAGACGCACUCGGAUCCGAGGCAGUGACAGCUCUGACAAUGAAGAGACUGAUGACAUUGAGUGGGGUCCAGCUACAGAACUUUAGAUUAGAGCACACCAUUCCAGAACUAUAACUCUAGAGUGCACAGACAACGGCUGUGUUCGAGAGCAUCAAAACUGUGAUGUGACUGACUGAUCUACAAAUCAUAAUCAGUCGCUAUUUAUGAUAAAGUUCAGUCAUUCGGCAGUCGCCUGCACAAACAAGGCAAUAGCCUCUUAAAUGGGAGAUGUGAAAUGCUCUCAACUUCAACCUUCAAGGAUCACUUGGUUUGUUUUGUCCUUCUGUUGGACCAACAUCUUCUUUGGAGAGGAUUGCAGAGUUAGAGCAGGACAAUAAGAUGAGUCCCAUUUAACCUGGGCAUCGUGUUUGGCCCCUCUCUGAUGUGGCCCCGGCCCACAGUGUCCCUGUCCUCUUGUGGACUACCCCCACCAGGCCCGCAUCAUAGAGACUCUCAUAGUCUUUUACACAGCCAUCUUCCAGUCCUCCAGCAGUCACCCAUUCUCCACCCAACAGGUUUUGUGUUUGUCUCCCCCUGCUGGUAGACUGGGUAUAGAUGAGAACAGCAGUGCUGCGGUAGCUGAUGUAGAGGAACAGGAUGCCAAUGAGGAACAGAGCAGAACAGACUGACAAUAUGGAGGGCUGUGGCAGUUCUCCAGGCUCCCUGGGUUCCAGAGCAAAUGGUGGACUCUGACUCAGAGCUGGAUGAGACUGGGAGGGGGUCCACACACUGUCCCCACAGCCUGCUCAAACAGGAGAGCAAGGUCAGCCUGAAACUCUCCACCUCAGACUGACCUGGUUCCAGACCAGGAGAGUCCUAGUCCCGAUGCCUUGGACCAUGAGCCCCCAGACCUAGAGGCGUCUGAGCUCAACGUGAAUCCGUCCAACAACCAUGUUCUGGGCGGGUCAAAGGUUAGUCUGCUGCCCAGGGACAGGGAGCCAGUUUGUGUAAACACGGCCUGUGCAAUGUGUCAACCACACAAAGGCUUUACGGUGUUUUAAGUGUACUUCCAGUCUGGUGGAUGUUACCACGAAUCUUGGUUUUAACUUUGGCAUUAGAAUGUCAUGUAAUACUACUACAUGACACAUUCAUCUUGGACACUUGGUUAUAGUUUUCUGUCAGCAUUAAUUCUAGUUAUAACAAGCUGUGAUUUAAUAUUGAAAAUAAUCUGCCUUACAAAUUGGCAUAGCGAUAAUCUAUUAAAAGUAUUUACAUUGUUCUUAUGCUUGAAUAGUAAGUUAUUUGUCUUGUGUGAUUUAUCUAAGAAUUAUUCCAGGUAUUCAAAAUGCUGCUGGUUUUUAUUUCAGCACUAAAAUCCAAAAAAAUGCAUCUUUAGAUCUUAACAGUUAUGUUGGAUGUAUCUGCUGAAUUCACUGUUUUGACAUUGUCAGUAAUAAAGAGAAUGCUAUUAAUGUUGAUUUAUGCCUUGUAAAACAACCAUAGCCUCAUGUAUACCUGCUGCUACAUAUGUGCCCUUUGUCUUGACCUUGCCCACAUAAAAUACGCAUUGUCUGGAUGGUCAAACCAUAUUAAAAUAAUCAUAACUGGCAUCAUCUUUGGAAAGAUAUGUCAAAGGAUUUAUUGAACAAAUUAACAAAAGCUAAACUUAAUCCAAAGAGAUGAGGCCAGCUGUGGAAUAAUCCAUGAGUUUUAUUGGCCCACACGCUGUUCCUUAGUACAGCAACAUACCUAAAGGAACAAGAGUAGAAUUAACAUUCUCAAAUGCCCAUCUGAAUAAUUAAAUGUAUUGUCAUACGAAAAAUUAACAAUAUAGAGAUGCUGGUUAGGAAACAGCCCUAACACUGCAAUCAAGAUAUUCACCAAGCACUCACAUUGAAAUCCUCACUGGACCAGCCUGUAGGUGAUGUAUCGUCCAGCAGUCUCACUGGGUCUGAUUAUCUUUACUACCUAUCACAGCAAAGAGAAACGAGAGCCAAGUAAAUCACUUAUUUCAGAAAUGUUUUAACUACAUUAGGUCGAGGAGAUUGAUCUUGUACCUGGCCUCUUUUCAAUCCAAAGUACCGGGCUACAGGAUCUCCUUGUUGGAUCCUAGGCAACUGGCUCUCCUUCAGUUUACUGAGACACAAAUAAAGAAAUCCCAACACACAAGUAUCUCUAUAUAACUCAAUCUAGUGUUAGAUCAAUAGAUUCUCAUUUGGGGUGACUAUGCAUGUGAAUCCAGUCCAUAGAACGCAGGAUUUAUACUCUAUCCAGGUACGAGUUUGAAAUCCAUGCUGUGAAAAAGGAUAC